AUGGAGAAUGAAAAGAACAUGCCUGUAUGGGUUAAGCGAUUGUUAGAACAGGAUAAGGUAAUAACAGUCUGGACAGCAACGGAUAAAGGUUUGAUCGAGCUAUUGAACAGGGAAUCUUUUGCUUGA